CCUCCCUCCCCCUCAUCAGGACCAUCAGAUCCUUGGGCCCCGCGGGUCUCAGUCCGUCUCCGCUGAGCCUGCAGGCCGAGGCCCCCAUGGGGCCCCUCGCCCCCACCACGUCCCCCCCUCGGACCCCCCUGUUCCUGCGGCCCGGACGCAAGGAGCUGAGUCAGAGCGCCCUGGACAGCUCGGUGUACUCGUCCUCCGACGGGCCUCGAAGGAAGACCCCCACCACCAAGACCACCAAGACCACCAGGACCACCGGGACCACCGGGACCACCGGGACCAGUGGGGCUCCCAGUGCUGCAUACUGGGACAGAAUCAGAUGUGCCUUCUAUACUCUAAUGCAGGGCUAUUCAACUUCAGUAGCAAGCUCCGCCUCCCAGACGGCUGCUGCAUUAAAGGCACAGUUCACCCUUCUGACAGCUCCAGGUGUCCCCCGGGUGAAGAAGACCUGCGCUGUGCUCUUCCUCCUCUUCAUCGCUCUGCUGUGUGUUUGGCUCCUCCCUUUUCUGACCUCCUUCGUCUCCCUCGUGGCCGACAGGGAACCGGUUCUCCCUCCUCUUCCUCCUCCUCUUCCACACGUGGUGGUGGAGGAGCAGCUGAAGCAGCAGCUGGCCCAGGACUCGAGGGUCCGGCUGGCGGCCGUGGACUCUAUGCAGGUCUCCGGUCUGUGGGGGCAGGUGGAGGACCUGGUCCUCAGGGUCCAGGACCUGGAGGCCCAGAAUGCAAAGCUGUCCCAGGAGUGGUCCUCCGUCCAGAUGAGGGCCAGCAGAGACCCCCUGAGCCCGGAGCUCCAGCAGGCCAUGGAGGCGUGGCUCAAGCAGGACUCCGCCUGCCGCCGGCCGCUCGCCGACAAGAUGGCCGACUUCGCUCUGGAGUCUCAAGGUGCCAGUGUGGUCAGCACCAGGUGUUCAGAGACGUACGCUCUCCGCUCUGCGUGUCUGGUUCUGUUCGGGCUCCCUCUCUGGUUCCGGUCCGAGAGCCCCCGGACCGUCAUCCAGGGUUACCCGGACAUGCUGCCGGGGCGGUGCUGGGCGUUCCACGGCGUGCAGGGCACCCUGCUGAUCUCCCUGUCUCACCCCAUCACUCUCACCCACGUGACGCUGGACCACCUGCCGCUCUACAACUCCCCCACCGGCUCCAUAGACUCCGCCCCCAAGGACUUUGAAGUCUACGGGAUGAAGGACGAGGAGGACGAGGGAACCCUUCUGGGCUCGUUCACGUACGACGAAGCAGGAGAACCAACGCAGACCUUCAGGCUGCCUAACCCCAGUGGCGAGGUGCACCGCUGUGUGGAGCUGAGGGUCCUCAGUAACUGGGGCCACGUCCAGUACACCUGCCUCUACCGGUUCCGUGUGCACGGAGAGAUCGCCGCCACGCCGUGACCAGGGGCGGUUUUUCCUACAGGCGGUAUAGGCGGCCGCCUAGGGCGCCAUUCAGAGGGGGGCGCAAAAAAAUGCGCCUUUUUGCUGGGCAGUUUUUUUUGCACCCCCAUCUAUAUCUCCAACCAAUAUUUUGACGGCAAUGCCAGCUGAAAAAGAAGAAAAAAAACAUUAAAGCUGCAAGCAGCGUCGAACGGGUCCUCGCUCAUCUGCGCCGGCCGGAGACUCUGGCCGGAGACUCUGGCCGGAGACGCCGGCCAGAGUCUCCGGCC